AUGUCCCCCGCCGGGGACCCAGAGCACAGCGGAGUAGGGGACCCCGGGGUCCCAGACACACAACUGAGAACCCGAGGCGCUGAGAAUGCGGACCACCAGGGAGCAGGAAGACUCCAGGCUACCUCAUCCCAACGGCAGGACGCUACCAGCAGGGCAGACAGAGGAGCUGGCGAGGAGGAAAGCCAGCAAAUGAGUAAGGGGGUGGGCAAACGGGCGAGCAGCCAGGCAAACCACCACACAGUGCCAACCGACACCCGUGGGGCAGCAAAUCCCGGAGAGAGACUGGGAGUGCUGCACCCCCAAGCCGCAGGGAGGCCGAGCACCAGAGCCGGGAAGGCGAGACCAGCAGUAGACCAGCAGCCGAACCACACCAGCCACCGGGAGCCAGAGCACCCACAUGCCACCAGUUCCGACGGCGCACCACCCGCCCACCGGAGCCCCACCCCGACAAACCCGCAGACAGGCCGGGGGAGGAAAACACACAGACAACGGCCCAGCAGAGCACAAGGACCAGCGGUGACAAAUGCCCAAGUGCCCAGUAGAGCACCACUCCCCAGCAGGUCUGGCCCCAGGGCACACUCCCUCACCCCCCACCUUUCACCAAAGCCCACAGUCCCCGCGAGCCCCACCCCACCAGACAGCCCGGCGCUCCAGCAGCCACCACAGCGCAGCAACCACAAGCCACCACGGUGGCAUGCAGGCCAUCCAUAG